AGACCAAAACCGCCUCUCACGCCGAGAGAUAGAGGCGUAACUUGUUUGCAUGUUACUGCGUGCUUAGGUCAUUUUGUUCGUGAACUAACGUCGACAGGUACGGGCAGUUUGCGCCCGCGCACACUCCUCAACUUAACCAGUACAAAUCCGACGUCAGAACGCGUGGUCGCUAUGCGAGCCAAAACGAACGCUAUCGAAAAAAAAAACGAACCCAAAAACGUCUCAUAACAAAAUCUCUAGUUCGGUUUUUCCGUAUACAAAACAAAAAACUGACACUGAUUAUGUUUAUUCUUCUUGUGCCCAACGAAAUGUGGUUUUAGUGUGCAAGCACUGUGUGUCCUGUGUUUUUAUGUGUCCAAAGCACGACGGCUUCUUUAAAGCUCAGGAUUUAAACUUAAAAACAGAUUGAAAAAUGAGGUGUUUAUUGAUAAUAAGCGCGCUGCUCGCGACCGCGCGUUCCAAGCAAAUCCCGCUAACAGAUUUACCGGGAACGACGGUAGCUGCGGUAUCCGAGUCAGAUACCACGUCGUGGCCCGGCGCCGUCGCUGCCCUGGACUCUCUCACCGUCGCCUGCGAGAAAGACAGCAUGCAAGUCACCAUUACACUGGCGAAACGGGACCCCGAAAUCAAUAGCAUCUACGACAUAUUCAAUGGGAUCGUCUACCCUGCUGGACUUGGGAGCAAUUCGAGCUGUCUCCGAGAAUACGUGGCAGAGCGGGGAGACCUACAGUACACCGUGCCUUUGAAGGGCUGCAAUACCAUGUCCACUGAUAACGACGACGGCACAGUUGAGUACUACAACAACAUCAUAGUUCAGCCGCACUUGAAGCUGGUGACCGGCCAGGGUCGAGGCUACCACGUGAGGUGCAGGUACCGGCGCCGCGACCUCACACAUUUCCACGUGUACCGACCGAGGGCCCACGCCGACAGACUCACCAAUUCACUAUCCGAUGAUUUUAAUGACAACGAGGAGUUUGACGAGGAUUCAGGAUUGUUGCCGUCUGCCACGAUGAAGAUAUAUAAGGGUGACCCUAAAAAUAAAGAGGAGGCAUCAAACGUGAAGAUCGGCGACACAUUGACCCUGGUCGUGGCGCUGGAGAAACAGCGGCGGUUCGGUUUGCUGGUCUCCGAGUGUUCUGUUAAGGAUGGACUGGGCUGGUCGGAGCAGACCCUCAUCGCUGAUAAUGGAUGUCCAUUAGACGCUGAGAUAAUGGGCAUGUUCCAAUACUCGAGCGACAAGCAAGAGGCGCAUGUGGCGUACCCCGCGCAUAAGUUCCCGUACACAGCCAGCGUGUACUACACGUGUGCCGUCAAGUUGUGCGACCUGCAGCACCCGACGGACUGCGAACCUUGCAAGAUAAAGGAAAGGAGCCGCCGCGACACAGACGACGAAGGCUCCCCAGCGACAGUGGAACUCUUCUCCGGCUUAUAUGUCAACGAGCCAGAUUCGCUUGACAACGACGACGUUAUCAGCGAAAAGAAAGAGGACGAGAUAUGUAUUUCGCAACGUAAUUUCGCCAUCGGCAUAUGCAUAGCCGGCGUUAUUCUGAUGGUGUGCGUCAUAGCGGCUAUCGCCUUCAUACUGGCUCGACGAAGGAAUCCGAAGGCGUACUCGCGGACUGGCAGCUCCCUGUACAGCGGCCCUUACACUAACACCGGCUAUUCACACACAAGCUAAAACAUCGGACGAACACUGGCCGUAAAAAAAAAAGACGCGGCCAUCAAAAUAGUCAUUAACUGUCGUAUCGAUUUAUAAAUCGAUAAUCGAUUGGUUUACUUUUUUUUUUUGUGUGAAAAGAACGUCGUUGCCGCUAAUAUUUAAAAAGUUUGUCGUCGUGAAGUUUUUGUGGGAAAGUGCCAUUUUAUUUGGAACUUAUCGGUUUUAAUACAUCGAAUUUGAUAUUAAACGAAAUAAUUGCAAUAAAA